CCCGCACUAGGCGAAGAAGUGUAGCCGUUAGCUUUAGCUGAUAGCACCGGUCCGUCCAUUUUGUUUGGCUUCCCAGUUACGGGCCGGCUAACUUUAGCCGCGGCUGCAGAGAUGGAUGACGGUGACGAGCCGGGACUCGUCCUCUCUCACAAUACGUCCUCGUCCUCCAAGUCCGGCGGGGACAAGAUGUUCUCCCUGAAGAAGUGGAACGCGGUGGCUAUGUGGAGCUGGGACGUGGAGUGUGACACUUGUGCCAUUUGUCGGGUGCAAGUCAUGGAUGCAUGUCUGCGGUGCCAGGCGGAAAACAAACAGGAGGAUUGCGUGGUUGUGUGGGGAGAGUGCAACCACUCGUUCCAUAACUGCUGCAUGUCACUUUGGGUGAAGCAGAACAACCGCUGCCCCCUCUGCCAGCAGGACUGGGUGGUCCAGAGAAUUGGUAAAUGAGCCCCCCUCCACACGUUGGACUCUCAGUCUGCACUUGAGUUGUUCCCAAAAGUGGACUUCAUGAUCAAUAUAAGAGGCCAUUCAGAGCUGCUGCUUGUCGUCCUCGCUGCAUAUGAUGGGAUCAUCCUGCAGAGGUGGGAUGGAAGUGGUGCCACGUGGACUCUGUAGUUAUGGUUGCGUUUGGAGAGGAAGUGCCCUGAAAAGAUGAUGGAUCUGGCGCCCGAGUUUGAUGUAUUUUUUUUGUUAUGUCAGUGUUUGGACUAUAUAGUCUUUUUGAAAUAAAGGUUUGUG